AUGGCUUCCGGCGACCGUGUCACGCACCGCGCCCCGGUGAACGACGACGAUAGCGACGCUAUCGAGUUGGUCCCUGCGUCGGAGUUCGGCCAGGGCGACGCUGCCGAGUCCCAGAGCCAGGCCCAGGACCAGCCCGCUCAGGCUCAAGGCCAGCCCGUUCGUGCCCGCCUCCUGGCUGGGAUUGCCUCCGUGCUUGGCGGUGUUAAGGCCCAGCUUAUUCCUGCCAUUACCGACUCUCAGAGACCGGAUCAUCCCAAGACUAAUGUAACUUCUUUGACGAUCUCUCCCACUGAGAGUACGAUUGCCAUGGCCCCUGGUUCUUUUUUGGGCAUGACGGGAUCCACGUCUUCUUCAAUCUUUCCUACUCAAGAAAUCGUCACGCCAAUUAGCGCAAUCCAGAGACAGCCUCGUUGCGGACCUGCCACGGUCACCGCGACUAAUGGUGCUGAGAUUGGUGUAUCGUCUACUGCGGGUGGCUCGCCAACUGACCCCCUAAUCGUCACCGUUACGGUGACGUGCGUUGUCACACCGCCGGGGACCGAUUUGUUCUGUGGUCCAGGCGGUCAUGCCUCUUCUGCGUCGAGUAUUACUGCCCUCACUGGUCCUCAGCCACCCAUGUCGUCGUACACACCCGCCGUGACGUCGUCCAUUUCCCCGAACGGUUCUCAGCCUGCUACUUCUUCCAUGGUGUCCGCCCCGGUUCUCCAGUCGUCCUCGUCUGCCAUUUCAGCACGAACUACGGUAACGGACGACGCUGUGCCCGAGAUGUACUGUGCCAAUCCAUUUCGUUCCCACAUUUGGACUCCGUGUCACGAAGGCGGCGUCACCGCUCCCGGCACCGACGCCUGGUCAUCUCCAGGGUUUUCGAUUCAGCAAAUGAACCCCUUUUCGGUAGCUGUUCGCGCCGUAAGGAGUCUUCGGGUGAUUGUCUCUAGCCUCUUCGUCGAGGUCGAUCUAUUCUCACAGUGGUCCAAGCUCGCCGAGCCACUCGAAGACGACGAAGUGGUGCGCGACGCGCCUGAUAUAGAUACCAUCGAUAAGAUGACUAUAGUUCGACAAGGAGAUGAAGGCCAGAAAAACGAGUUGUGA